UUGAUCUGUGGAUCUAUAGGUACCUGUGUAAUUUGCAAUAUUUGCAUUUUUGAGUUUUCAAUUUUCAGCUUUGAUGUGCGAUUUGUAUACUGUGAAUAACAGUAGAUUGUUAGUAAAUAAAAGACACUAAAGUCUAAAAGAACCACUAACCAGCUGUAUCAAUAUGUGUUUCCUUUGAGAUUAGGUAUUAAAAUGUCGAAUGUAAAUUAUACAAUUCGAACGGAAGGUCAAACAAAAAUAAACACUAUUAUUUGGACAGUACCAUGUUUCGAAACCUUAUUAGAAAUUAAAACAUCCCGAGAAUUUCGGACAGAAAAUCCAAAAGAUAAACCCGGUGAUUUAGCAAAUUCAAAAUUUCAAUUAAAAAUGCAAUUUCUCGGCAGAUUCAAUGAUAUAAUCGAGAUAUAUUACUUAUCACCCAUACCAGUUUUUCUCAAAUCAAUACUUACCAUAUGUUUAAAGAGAUUUGAAGAGCGAUCAAUUGUGAUAAAAGAAUACCACACAGUACAAGCCAACAAAUGGCAAUACCUAGCAACACUAUAUAAACGUGAUAUUGUAAGCUAUGAUGGGCGUGAUACAUUCCUAUUGAGCGAUGGCAGUCUACGCCUCAAAUUUCAGUUCAUGGUGACAAAUGACAUAAAAGUCGACCGAGCUCAUGUGCCCGAGGCCCAACUCAGUGAUGAUUUUGAAAGCCUCUUGAAUAAUGGCUUAUUUUCAGAUGUGGUUAUAAAGUGUGCAGAAGGAAAUGAAUUCAAAGUACACAAAGCUGUAUUGGCCAGUCGUAGUUUGGUUUUAAAGGCUCACUUUGAACAUAACACUACUGAAUGUAUAACAAACAUUCUUGAAUCGCCACUAGAGUCGGAAGUAUUGAGAGAAGUUCUGACUUUUAUUUACAGUGACAGAGCCCCGAGAGUCGAUGAGAUACCUGAGAAGCUAUUGGCUGCUGCUGACUAUUAUCAGCUUGGCCGACUUAAGAGUUUGUGUGAAGAGGCUUUACACAAGAAACUUACAGUGAACAAUGCUAUUAAAACCUUACAGUUAGCAGAUUUACAUUCGGCAAAAACAUUGAAAAAUUUAACUUUAGAAUUCAUAAAGGAUGGUCAAGCAAAACUAAUAACAAAGACUGAAGGUUGGGCAAUGGUGAAGUCAGUAGAGCUGAUUAAAAGUAUUUAUGAGCAUAUAAUGACAGAUGAUGUAGAUGCAGAUAUUAAAUAAUAAAUGCAAAAAUUUGUUGCUAAGGGAUAGCCAUAUCUUUAGAUUUUCAGGAAAUCGGAGGUAGUGUAGAAUAGUAUUUUUUCUCUGGUGUCUAUAAUAUAUUCCUUAAAUUAGUUAAUAGUGGUGUGUAGGAAAAUAUACAUAGAAUAACCCAUGAAUAAGGCCUUAAAUGCCAUAAACAUUUUCCAUUUGCAUUUCCACAUGUUUUCCAAUCUGAGGGAACUAAAUCUUUAUAAAAUUAUUCUAUCAUUUAAGGGUGUGAACUAAUUCAUUGGAUCUGUAUUUUAUUUGUCAGAUCUGGGUUAAGAUGGUACAAAAAACUUACUUAAUUUUGAUAAAUAUGAGGAUUAAGUAACUAUUCAAUACAAAUUUAAGCUUUCUCUAUAAUUAUAAUCAUUCUUGUUACAUUUCUCCUUGAAUAAAAUUUUAUAAAUUGUAUCAUACUGAUUUAUAUAAAAUAAAAUUAU